GUACCUGAGCAAGACGCGCAGCAGAAAGCCCACGUUGGCGGCUGCCGGGAGUGUUGCGCUCAGAGGCGGGAGACUGCGAAUUCCCCAGCCGACGCCGCAGCCUCUGCUCCGCGCUCGGGUCCUCUUCUCUCCCAUCGCCUUGGAGAGCGAGAUCCUCCGGGUACCCGAGAGACCGAAGAGCGGAAAGCGAGAUCCUGGCCGCCUCCACUUGGGGAGCGUGUGGAGAUUCCGAGGGGGAGCGACGGUGCCCGAGGGCGGAGGGGCACUGAGUUUCGGACCAUAGGGAAGUUAAAGCUGCGCAGGCAGAGAAGACUGGCUUUUCAGGACGCGGGGUCGCCACAGCCCGGGACCCGCGACAGGGUAAACUUCACGAUCGUCCUACAAGUCAGGAGGGACGUGCGCAGGGAUGGUGCCUGAUAACACCCCCAGCUCCUGAGUUGUUGCCGCGGGUCCCCCUUGGCCAGCCUCCUGCAAGGGCACAGGACAGCGCACGUGUGCGGACUGCGAGUGACCGCGCCGUGACCCGUCCAGGGGUGCCGGCUGUAGAGCAGUCCUGCCUAGGACACACCUGGCUCAGCCCGUGCGCCUCCAGGGACCUGCGGGAGAGUGGAGAUCCUGGCCAUCGCCCCUUCGCUUCUCCUCCGCCUGGGCUUCUGGGGGCGCCGCGGAUGACCAUGAGAGAUAAGGACUGAGUGCCAGGAACGGGAAGAGAGCCCGCCGAGAGGUGGCGGGGGCUGCCCACACCAAGGGCCACAGCCGCCUCGCUCCAGCCUCGCUCCGCCGCUCGACGCCUCGCGUGGCUCGCCGGGGCAGCCGGGCUGGGCGGCGAUGCCCGGGCUGGGGCGAAGGGCGCAGUGGCUGUGCUGGUGGUGGGGGCUGCUGUGCAGCUGUGGACCCCCGCCACUACGGCCGCAUCUGCCGGUAGCCGCGGCCGCCGCCGGGGGGCAGCUGCUGGGAGCCGGCGGGAGCCCGGUGCGUGCCGAGCAGCCGCCGCCGCAGUCCUCUUCUUCGGGCUUCCUCUAUCGGCGGCUCAAGACCCACGAGAAGCGGGAGAUGCAAAAGGAGAUCCUGUCGGUGUUGGGGCUCCCGCACAGGCCGCGCCCCCUGCACGGCCUCCAGCAGUCUCAGUCCCCCGUGCUCCCGCAGCAGACUGCCCGCGAGGAGCCCCCUCCAGGGCGGCUGAAGUCCGCUCCGCUCUUCAUGCUGGAUCUCUACAACGCCCUGUCCUCCGAUGACGAAGAGGAUGGGCUGUCGGAGGGAGACAGGCAGGAACCUGGGCCCCACGGAGGGGCCAGCUCGCCUCAGCUCAGACAGCCGUCUCCAGGCGCUGCACACUCCCUGAACCGCAAGAGCUUCCUGGGCCCGGGGCCCGGCGCGUCCCCACUGACCAGCGCGCAGGACAGCGCUUUCCUCAACGACGCGGACAUGGUCAUGAGCUUUGUGAACCUGGUGGAGUACGACAAGGAGUUCUCCCCACGCCAGCGACACCACAAAGAGUUCAAGUUCAACUUAUCCCAGAUUCCUGAGGGUGAGGCGGUGACGGCUGCAGAGUUCCGCGUCUACAAGGACUGUGUUGUGGGGAGUUUUAAAAACCAAACUUUUCUUAUCAGCAUUUACCAAGUCUUACAGGAGCACCAGCACAGGGAUUCUGACCUAUUUUUGUUGGACACCCGUGUAGUGUGGGCCUCAGAAGAAGGCUGGCUGGAAUUUGACAUCACAGCAACCAGCAAUCUGUGGGUGGUGACACCACAGCACAACAUGGGACUCCAGCUGAGUGUGGUGACUCAGGAUGGACUCCACAUCAACCCCCGUGCGGCGGGCCUGGUGGGCAGAGACGGCCCUUACGACAAGCAGCCCUUCAUGGUGGCCUUCUUCAAGGUGAGCGAGGUCCACGUGCGAACCACCCGGUCAGCCUCCAGUCGGCGUCGGCAGCAGAGUCGCAACCGUUCCACCCAAUCACAGGAUGUGUCCCGGGGGUCCAGUGCUUCAGACUACAACAGCAGUGAACUAAAAACAGCAUGCAAAAAGCAUGAGCUGUAUGUGAGCUUCCAGGACCUGGGGUGGCAGGACUGGAUCAUUGCACCCAAAGGCUAUGCUGCCAACUACUGUGAUGGAGAGUGUUCCUUCCCACUCAAUGCGCACAUGAAUGCCACCAACCAUGCCAUUGUACAGACCUUGGUUCACCUUAUGAAUCCCGAAUAUGUUCCCAAACCAUGCUGUGCGCCAACUAAGCUGAAUGCCAUCUCGGUUCUUUACUUUGAUGACAACUCCAACGUCAUCUUGAAAAAAUACAGGAAUAUGGUUGUGAGAGCUUGUGGAUGCCAUUAAGUCGAAGCCAGUUGUGGGAGUGACUCUGCCUUGGACUCCUAACUAAAUCUGCCUUAAAACACAUUAAGAAGCACAGUGAAGGGGAUGAUGGCCCUCUGGGAGUAUCUCCUGCUGGUGCCUUAGCCCAAGGGGGAUUUUAUGAGGACCUUGCUGAUGACUUCCCAGCUCACAACCGAGCAUUUGCUGUCUGUGGGAAGUUGUAAUGCUUUCAGAACAGGCCUGGGAACCACAGACCCAUGCCUGUACUCACUUUCCCCAGUCCCACCCAGACUAGUUUUAUCAUUUAGGUCUAGCUUGUUUGUGGUGUAAGAGAAUAACCUUGAAGGAAUACUAAAUAAUCCCUGGCUGAAAGAGCAGCAGGUUCAGUAGCACCCAUCACUGGGAGACCUUGCAGAUAACAGAACGGGGAAGGAGAGAGCUCAAUCAGACUGCAUUCCUAGCAAAGCCAGCUCACCCAAGACCUGCACUCUGGCCAUCAAUGCGCUUGUUGGAGCUGCCUCAUUGCAGUUCCAUGUUUUUUGUUUACUCUUGGCAGUGUGAGCAUCUAAUUUCGGCCAUAUCAAAACUGUAGCAUUUCUAUGCCUCCCCCCUACCCCCACUCCUGAAUUCUUUACUAGAACCCAAAGUGGAUGGACCACACUUUGUGGUGGGGCCAUGAAGCAUCUUCUGACCCACAUAACAGCAGAAAGUGACCCUGCACCUCAAGUCAUGGAUAGACUAGCUUGACAAGCUCUUUACCAUCAGGAACACUGGCUCCAACACACCAGCUCUCUAACUCCGUUCUUUGCCUUUUCCCUACAGUAGCAUUCCAUGGCUCAGGGCUAGUCUACAGCAGAAACCCACAGAGGAAGGCCCCUUGGCCCCUAAGAAUGGGUUUGUCGAGGUGAGCAUGCUGUUUGUGAACCAAAACCACGAUUUCCUCUCGUAGAAAGUAAGCCUCAGAUUAAAAUCAUAGAGUAUUUUUUAGAUGUCUUUUUCACAAUCAUGUACUGGGAAGCCAAUUUCAUACUAAACUGAUUACUGAUUAUUAAAUAAUACGUUUACAAUCUGUAACUGUA